AUGUUAUCUCUAUCGCUUUUACUAGAUCAAGUUAUUGAUCAUAUAGAUCAAUUGCUAGGUAAUAAAGGUUGGCCAUUGUUUAUUACACCGUGCACAAUACCAGAAUUUCAAAACAAAUUAGUGAUAUUGUAUGAAAGUGAAGAUGCUGUUAUCUGUGAUGAAAAACUGGUGACGUUUAAAGCAACAGCUGAUAGCACUUCAUCAUCCGAUGAUGAAGAUGAUGCUCCUUCACUUCAGACAACGAAAGAUCAAACAGGCAAAUUAGAAACAACUACGUCCAAAGUGUCGAUAUUUGAUGAAAGACUUGAUCACUCAUUUUUAUCUUCACCUCAACCUUUGCUUAAAUCAACGAAAGCUGAGAUGAAUUUUAUUUAUGAAGAAAAUGGAUCAUUCAAAUUACUCUGGAUGGGAGAACCAUUAUUUAGUCAUUCUCUACAUGAACCAUUCAUCUAUACUGGCUCAUCAACUACUGAUUAUUCUAUGCGUUUGGGACAUUUUGUUAUUAAUCAAAAUAUUCAUAAUAAAACAAGUUUAUUAGUACAAAAAAUUCAAGAAAAUGGAAAACACAGCUACAAUAUUCAGAUGCAAUCCGGCCUUAGAUUAACAUUUACACUUGAUAAAAACCAUGUAGACAUCGAUAUUAACCAAAAUUCCUACAUUCAAUCAAUAAUUGAAGAUGAAGAUAUAGUAAAAGAGAUUUGGUUUAGAAUCAAAGCCUUACCAUUCAAUAAAGAAAGUAUUUAUGGCUGUGGGCAACAGUACAAAUACUCAAAUUUAAGAGGAAAAACUAUUCCAAUAUGGGUCUCUGAACAAUAUCAUGAACGAUUGGACAAUGGUGCAGGAAGUUCUUUAUUGCCCAAAACUACCACAUACCAUCCUGAACCAAGUUUUAUCUCACCGCAACGAGGCUAUGUCUUUGUGGCAUACGGUUCUGCUUAUGCUAGAUUUGACUUUCAAAAUGAACACUAUCAUGAGCUGCAUUUCACAAAUACACCCUAUCGACUUCGAUUUUUCUUAAAAAGUGCAGAUAGUGAUUAUUUAUCAUUCCUCAAACGUCUGGCUCCUCAUCCAUUACCUACUCUACCUGACUGGGUUCAUAGCGGUAUUAUAUUGAGUAUUCAGGGAGGAACAGAGACAGUCGAACAAAAAAUGAAGGAAAUGGUGGAAGCAGGUACAGCUGUUGCUGGAAUUUGGGUACAAGAUUGGUGUGGUAAACGAAUUACAUCAUUUGGAAAACGAGUAUUUUGGAAUUGGCAGUACAGCGAUAUACUCUACCACAAUUUACCAGAGAAAAUUCAGGAAUGGAAACGAUUGUAUAACUCGAGCUUUCUAGCUUAUAUCAAUCCGUAUAUAGCGACUGACGGACCGCUAUACAAGGAAGCAAGUGAAAAGAAUUUUCUCGUUAGAAAGAUCGAAACAAAUGAAAUAUAUCAAAUUGAUUUUGGUGAAUUUUUUGGUGCAAUCAUCGAUUUAACAUUUCCAUUAGCCUUUGAAUGGUAUAAAAAUGUGAUAAGAAAAAAUCUUAUUGAUAUUGGAGUUUCGGGAUGGAUGGCUGACUUUGGAGAAUAUUUACCGGUGGAUGUCCGUGUUCAUACGAAUAUCAGCGGUGAAUUGAUUCAUAAUUUGUGGCCUGUUUUAUGGGCAAAAUGUAAUUUUGAAGCUAUUAGAGAUGCCGGUAAAACCGAAGAAGUCGUGUUUUUCAUGAGAGCAGGAUAUCUGGGUAUUCAAAAGUAUUGUCCUCUGUUCUGGUCUGGUGAUCAGAGUGUUGAUUUUGCCAGUGAUGACGGAUUUCCGGCUGCUAUUCGUUCAAUGCUUAAUCUUGGUGUGAGUGGUGGUUGUCUGUAUACUCAUUCGGAUAUUGGCGGAUAUUUUGGUUUUGAUCGGGGUGAUGAAUCAAAACUUAUUCGUUCAAAAGAGCUGUUAUUUAGAUGGAGUGAAAUGGGAGCUUUUAAUGCUUUUCUACGAACACAUGAAGGAAAUCGUCCUGAUUUAAAUGUUCAGUUUGAUCAUGAUAAUGAAACAAAGGCAUUCAUGGCGAGAACAAGCAGAAUUUAUGCUUAUUUAAAACCUUACGUCAAAAGGACACUACAAGAAGGAAUACCGAGUUUAACACCAAUGUGGAUACAUUUUAAUGAUUUAGAGCAAGCUCUAAGUGAUAAAUAUGAAUUGCAAUAUAUGUUUGGUACAGAUCUUUUGGUAGCGCCUGUUGUUCGUCCUAAUGUGAGAAAAUGGACUGUCUAUAUACCGUCAAAUGAGGAUUGGCUUCAUUUAUGGUCAAAUGAAAAGUAUAACAAGGGUGAAUGGGAAAUUGAUGCUCCGUUAGGAAAAGUACCUGUUUUUUACCGAGCAACAAGUCAGUGGUCAAACUUAUUCAAGCAACUGAGUAACAUGUAA